ACGAUACAUUUUUGUGUGACAGAGGGCAGAAUGAAUUUUAUAUCGGGAUACGGUGGCAGGGCUUGCAAGAUCAAGGAGUCCGAGCAGGCACAUCACAUGGUUUAGAUAUAUAACUAUAAGCUUUUGGAGUAGAUAUAUGUGAUAGAAAUCGUCAAACACCAUUUUGUUUCCAUCUCCAUCUAUAUAUGUUUUAUUGGUUGAUCAAUGUUCCAUUACACCCAAUAAUUUGAGCGGGUGUGUAAUUCCAUGCUUCAACACAUAGAGAAUUCAACAUUCCAAGUGUCUAAAGAAGUGAGGGUGUACAGUUGUGUUGCUAUCCCAUAAAUCUACUCCAAAAAGCUUGCGUAUGUUUGACCAACAUUCUUACCUCCCCUUAAAUCUAUCUCAUCUUUUCAAGAGUAACUACAGAAGUCUCUCUGGAAAGAUCGAUCAUCAAUCAGAAUGGCAAUGGAUGAAGGUUUUCUGGACUUGUUCUUUCGAGAGGGUUUCUUCAAGGAUGGGUCGAAAUUGGCGUGUUCCUUGUCUAUGUAGUGCAAUUAAAAUUAUUGAUGUUGGAGUAUUUUAUGAUUCCCAUACCUAUGAAGUAUGAAGUGAAGCUGAUUCUGAUUGCUAGCAACUAAGCCCUACACGUUGCUUCACCCUGGUGGUGCGCAGAGUGCAGUGCAGUAUGUUCUCCAUUGUAAGGUUUCUUGGACUUGCUCUUCUGAGAGGUUUCCUCACAAUCUCUUGUUUCUGCUGUGCAACAUCAACAACAAUAAUUUCUUCUCUUGGGCUAAAGAGAUAAUGACACCUGCCAAGGCAAUGAUCAGGUUGAUCUGCAUACUCAGCUAUGGCAUGAAUGUGCUGGCCUCACUGUGAAAGUUCCCCGUGUAGGCGAUAAGGUCUUCUACUUCCCUCAAGGCCACCUUCAGCAGGUUGAGGUGUAUAUGAAGCAGGAAGGCAUGAGUGAUAUACCAUCCUAUGGGUUACCUUCAAAGAUUCUUUGCAAGGUUGUCUGUGUUCAGUUAAAGGCAGAAGUUGAUACCGAUGAAGUGUUUGCUCAGAUUACUUUGAUUCCAGAUUGUGAAGAACCUAAAGGAUCAACCUUUAGAAGUGUUCCUCAAAAGAUUCCUGCAACUUCUUUCCGGAAGAAAUUAACUCCUUCUGAUGUAAUCAAACAAGGGGGAUGCAACCUACACAAGAAACAUGUUGAUCAAACCUUUCCACCUCUGGACAUGGGUCAGGAUGCACCAUCUCAAGAACUAUUUGCCAAAGAUCUUCAUGGGAAAAUAUGGAACUUUCACCACAUCUGUCGUGGUGUGCCAAAGCGACAUAUACUAACUACUGGUUGGGGUAAAUUUGUGAGUGCAAAGAGGCUUGUGGUAGGAGACACCUGCAUUUUCUUAAGAGGGCAAAACCGUCUUUAUGUCGGGGUUCGGCGGGCAGUGAGACUGAAUAAAUUGUCAACAGAUUUAUCAUGCGUUAAUAUGCAGCAUGGCAUAUUACUCACAGCCCUUGAAGCAAUCAACACAAGAACAGAAUUCACAGUAUAUUACCAUCCUCGGAUCAGUCCCUCAGGAUUUAUAGUUGCCUAUAAUGAUUUCAUGGAAUCGCUUAAAGUUAACUUUUCACCGGAAACGAGGGUUGAGAUGGUUUUAGAUGAAGGAGGAGAGGAGCCGGAGUUGAACUUGAAAAAGUUUUCAGGGAUCAUAAUUGGGAAGGAAGAUGUUGAUCCUAGUAGGUGGCCUGGGUCUGAAUGGCAUUGCUUGAAGGUUUGGUGGCAUGGCACGGCCUCUGGAGAUGUUCCACCUAAGAGGGUUUCCCCGUGGAGCAUUCAGUCAGUUGUUUGUGAUGCGCAACCACAAAAGAGAUCCAUGAUUGGUUAUAAUAAUAAUAAUGAGUUGGGAGUGCAAGGUGAAGGAAUCAGAAUGAGAGAAGUGAGUAUUCCGGAAGUCAACAAGAUUCCCAGGGAAGAUGAUGAGAGGAGUAAAAAAUGCAGGGUUUUUGGAGUGGAUAUAGGGGGGCAUACGCAUACGCAUACCAUUAGCAACACACAUCCUCCAGACUCAUCAAAUGCCGGAAACCAACAAUCCAGCCCUAGUUACAUAAAGGUGUUGAAGCAUGGAAGUUUUGUUGGAAGAUGCGUGGAGGUAUCACGUUUUAGUGGGUAUGGAGGACUUAUGUGGGAGCUUGACAGGAUGUUUGGGUUUCAAGGAGGGUUGGUCAGCGGCACCAGCGGAUGGAUUGUCACAUAUGAUGAUGAUAAUAAUAAUAAUAAUAAUGCAGCAGCAGAUGGAGAUGCCAACAAAAAGCUGCUUGGUGAUGUCUCGUGGUCGGAAUUUAGAGGGGUGGUGCGGAAGAUGUGUAUCUGUCCAAAGGAAAAGGAAUUAGAGGCUGCUACAUGGAACAAAAUCAGCGGGUAACAACACAUGCCAGCCAGAUGCCAUGGACUGCUUCUCUUCUCUUCUCUUCUCCGGGUUUGGGUUUGUUUUUGUGGGUGUCUGAUUUGUAACUAAAUGCAUGCCCAGGAGUUUGUUCAUUUCAUAAACAAUGUAACUUUAUUUUCUUGGAAUCCAAACAGAUACACAUCCUCUUA